CUGCCCGUACUCUUGGCGGUACUCUGAACGAUGGUGACCGGCCGGGGAGCAUCUCCGGCCUGCUGGCUGGUGCCGGGACUGGUGCUGGUGCUCCUCUGUGGAGCACCAGUGAGCCGCGCCUGGAGCCACGGGCACUACUGGGCCGAGAGGAUCAGGGCAGCGCGCGCGGCCACUCUCGACACGCAUACUGUGACAGACCCGUCGUCUGAGCACGUGACCUACCACGGCUCGGAGGAGGCUCUGGAGCACGGCAGCGAGUCCAACGACACCGGCGGCGGCAUUACCAUCACCGAGGACCACCACCACAAGUCACACCACCCUCACGUGGCGCACGACGGCCAGUACACGUACUGCGUGGAGCGGGCGCCGCUGCACGAGAGCCACGGUAUCCACGUGGCCUCGUGGCGCUGGGACGAGGUGCGGCCCUACUACGCCAUCACCCUGUUCAUCGUUAUCGCUGGCCUCGCCAAACUCGGUUUUCAUCAUGCUCAUUUCCUGUCUUCACGAGUUCCCGAGUCAUGUUUGCUCAUUCUGCUUGGUACCAUCAUGGGGACGCUCACCUAUCAUUUCAGACACCUGCCCGAAUCAGACCCAACUGACAGGGCCUGGGGAAAGGCCUUCUCACCAUCAACGCACGUGGAGAAGUUUCCCGACAUCCGCCUGCCGUCGGGGGGACCGAUGAUCGGCGCCUGUCAGACGGAGCGCAGCGCCUUCCUGCCCAACUUCGACUCGCACCUCUUCUUCCUGGUGCUGCUGCCGCCGAUCAUUCUGGAGGCGGCGUACUCCCUGCACGACCGCACGUUCGCUGACAACCUCGGCACGGUCCUACUGUACGCAGUGGUGGGCACGCUGUUCAACAUGUUCACGAUCGGACCGCUGCUCUACCUGCUGGCUAAGGUGGGCGCCAUGGGCUCCAGCAUGGUGCCGGCGCUGGCCGGCUACGACAUCUCCAACAUCAGUUUCGUGCAGAUGUUGACCUUUUCGUCGCUGAUCGUGGCCGUGGACCCGGUGGCCGUGCUGGCCAUCUUCCAGGAGGUCGGCGUCAACAAGGACCUCUACUUCCUCGUCUUCGGAGAGAGUCUCCUCAACGAUGCCGUGACGGUGGUGCUGUAUAACGCCAUGGUGGCCCUGGCCGGCCAAGAGACGGACAGCGUCAGCUACGACCAGCUGCUGCUGGCCGUGGCCGCCUUCUUCUGCGUCUCCCUGGGCGGCCUGGCCAUCGGCAUCGUGUUCGGCGUCAUCACUGCACUCAUCACCAAGCACACGUCAGAGCUGCCCGUGGUGGAGCCGCUGUCGAUCCUGGCCUUGUCGUACCUGGCCUAUCUGUCGGCCGAGCUGGUUCACUUUUCGGGCAUCAUCGCCACCGUCGGCUGUGGCAUCGUGCAGGCUCACUACGCCACCAAAAACAUCUCCAAAAACUCCUACAUCACCAUCAAAUACUUCGUCAGCAUGGCCAGCUCCACCAGCGACACCAUCAUCUUCAUGUUCCUGGGAAUGGUGCUUAUCAGCGACGACCACCGCUGGCACACGGGCUUCUGCCUUUGGACUCUGCUGCUCUGCCUCGUCUUCCGGUUUAUAGGUGUUUACCUACUGACCUGGUUCGCCAACCGUAACCGAAUGAACCGUAUCGGUCGCAAGGAGCAGUUCAUCAUGGCGUAUGGCGGUCUGCGCGGCGCCGUCGGCUUCUCGCUGGUGGUGAUGCUUGGGGAUGUAAUCGACAAGGAGACGGCACAGGUGUUCGUCACGUGCACACUGUUCAUUGUGCUGUUCACCGUCUUCGUUCAGGGCUCCACAGUGAAGGUGUUGGUAAACUUCUUCCGAAUCAAGCUGGACGAUGACGAGGAGAAGACACUGGUGGAGGAGAUUGUGACGUCAUCGCUCGAUCACAUCUCCGAGGGAGUGGAGGAAAUUGUCGGCUACGGAGGUCUCAACCGGCUGAAGGAGCGUCUGGAGACUCUGGACGAGAAGUACCUGACGCCGUGGCUGGUGCACACCCCGCCCAUGUCCAACCUGGCGCGUCUGUACGACAAGCUGGUGCUCGACGAGCACUACGCCAACCUGUACGGACCGGCCGCCGUCCUGGAGACGCAGAAGGACUUCGACACCGGCUCCAUUACGUCGUCACUGCCCUCGUAUCCCGCCUACAAGGACAAAGACCGUAAGAGCUCGCUGGCAGCCGACGACGGUCACCUGGAUCUGGAGCCGGGCUGGAUGCGGCGCAAGUCCAUCCUGAACUCGCCGAAUGGCGACAUCAAGCGCCGUCUCUCGUCAGCCGUCAACCUGCCGCUGCCGGAGGACGAGCUGGCGUGGCUCCGCCGGAUCUCCGCGACCACCCCGGAGCUGCCCAUGACGCGGCCCUCGCUGAGCGACGCGCGUCGACCGUCCAUCAUGGGCGACGGUCGGCGUCCGUCUCUGAUCCCGCCCGACGGACUGGGCCUCAGCAUGGGCCGGCGCUCGUCCACCCUGCCUGCCGACGGGAGGACGGGAUCGCUGCAGCCGCCGCCACUGCCCGGCACCGGCGGCAGGCGCACCUCCAUCGUCAACGACCUCAAACAGGGCUUCGCGCGCCGGCUCUCCGUGUUCGGCGCCACCGUCCACGACCAGAAAGACCCACAGGACGAGGAGAGUGGAGGUCGCCGCGACUCCGUCUUCCUCCGGUCACCGUCCCCGCAGACGGACACACAGCUGCUGCGACACGCCAUCCGAGAGAACCCCUUCAACAAGCUGCACUUCCGCUACAACCCGAACCUGGUGGACGAAGAGGACCAGGAGGUGGAGACACACCUGCGGAGGCGCCGGCUCAACGCGCGCCGCAUGUCGCAGAUGGUGUUCCUGCCGCCGACGGCACAGACCAUGCUGGCCGGGCUGGCCGAGCAGGGCGAGAGCUCGGUGCCCGGCUCCGAGUCGCUGUCGCGCGCCAGCAACCACCGGCAGUCGCUGCGCAUCCGGCGCUCCCUGCGCGAGACGCCGCCCCUGCGCAGCCGCAGCAACUCCCUGCAGCCGACAUCACUUCAGCACGGCAACAUUCCGUUCGUGUUCGGCCCCAAGAUUACAAAGGCACGCGGCACCGCCACGCCAGAGAGCGGCUCCACGGCCUCCCCGGAGCCGACGCGGCCCGUCGCGGGGGCCGGCGGCGGUCACGUCAACCCCACCUUCGUCAUCACGGAGGAGUCGGACUUUGAGUCGGAGCCGGCCGGCCGGCAGUCGGGCACGGCGACGCCGCCGAGCCCGAGCCCUCCCGAGUCGGAGGGCUCCACGGCCCGCCGUUCCUCCCAGGAGUCGUGCAGCUCGCAGGCGACGCUGCCGGCCGCCACGGCGGAGGAUGAGACGCCGAGCCGGGGCGGCCGGACUGGAGCCGGGCAGCGCGGGCCGCCGCCGGAGCCGGCCCUGCCGCUGGUCACCCUGCCGACCAUCGCCGUCACAGACGAUAACGACGACAACCCGACGACGCCGACCGACGACAGCGGCGUCACCAUCAGCAGGCUCUGA